AUGAAAUCUCUACUUUUUCUCCUGUUUCUCGGAGCGGUAGUCGCCACCUUGGCUGAGGAGCCUUUUGAGGAUGAGGCAGUCGCGGAGUUGUUAGAUGAACAGGAUGAUGAAACCAUUGCCGAGCUUGCUGAUGAAGAGAAUGACCCCCGUCGUCGUCCCAAACCAAGUGGUCGUCCUCCCAGACCAAGUGGUCGUCCAUCAAAAAAAGGGGUGAGAUCUCCUCCCUUGUCUCCAUUUUUAAACAGACUACUGGGAUGGGGAGAAUUAACUUAAUUUGUUUAAGAUUACUUUUAACGCCCUCACAAAAUAGGUUCUCUGUGUGGAGUCCUCGGGAGUACGUCGAGAGAAUCGCACUCGCUUAACCAGGAAAUUACGUAUCUUAUUUGGUUAAUAUCUUAGCGCGAUAACCGUUCUGUUAAAAACGUAGCCGUCGCUUAUUUCUGAUGAUUGGUAUCGAAUGAUAAAGAGUACCAUCACUGAUUGAUAGGAUCCUAGCAAACGGUGUUUUAAUAUAAACAGUAACGUACCAUUGAGCUAUUGUUGUAAAACUCACUUAUUUUAAUUAUUUUCUCUUAAGAAGUGUUUAAAACUUCUUAAGCGUUGCUUGAGGGCCACCCGUCCGCCACGAAGCCGCCGUCAACGUCCCACAGGAUCCUCCAGGGUAAGAUCUUUCUUGUCUUCAGUUUGAAUACUUGGACUGCUUGGAUGUUGAGACGUAGUUUUAAGGCAAACGCAAAGCAGUUUGAUGUAGUUAGCUUACAUGUAAUUGUUUUCAUGCGACUAUUAGAUGCAUGUAUUUAUGAUUUCCCGGCGAGCUCUUUUGUGUGUUUUUCAGCCGCGGUAG